AUGUCCGGCGUGAUACGAAAUCAUUCGACCGUUACCUUCCAAGGGUUUUCCAUCUCACAGCCUUUCCUCGGCGCGUCUUUGCAGUUCUACCCUGAGAUGGGUACUCAGGAACUUGACGACCUCAUCAACGCCUACCUCCCCGGCUCUGUCUCCAUCCAAGAGAAGCGUGCUACCGUCUCCAUGGACUUCUUCGCAUUCUCUCAGCUUACCGGAGAGACAUUCAAGUACUAUUCUGUUGUCAGCGAAUCCUGCAGCUCCGCGACCUCAUCUGCUGGAUCUAGCCCCAAGCAAAACUCUAGCAGCAGCUCCAACUUCGUCUCCCCGGUCAUUUCCGACUGGGCCUGGUCUCAGUCUACGCCUAGCUCAGCCUCAGUAUCUACUCCCUCGUCCGCCACCCAGGAAAUUAUAUCCUCCAAGACAUCCAAGAGGACGACACCGUCGGCAACAAAGUCCCAGGCCAACGACUUUUCCCACCUCCCUGGAAUGAAGAUCAUGACAAAAGAUGGUCGCGACGUCACAAACUCUGCUUCCCGCGGAUGCAAAACCAAGGAACAGCGUGAUCAUGCGCAUCUGAUGCGCAUCAUUAAGGCAUGCGAUGCCUGCAAGAAGAAGAAGGUUAGGUGCGACCCCAGCCACAAGAAGCGCACCACCACACAGGCUCAGGGCACCACUGCCACCCCAGCGCGGUUGGCAAAGAAGGCCAAGACGUCCAACACGAAUUCGCGUGCGGCUAUUGAAAGAUCACCACAACCGAGUAGCACAUCAUCUCCAUCACCAGCGUUGUUUACAGAACCAUCAUACACGGGUCUCGAGAUUCUCGAUAUGCCAGCCAGCCUCUCACAAUCCUGGGAGUCAUUUUUCCAGUUUGACGAUGAGCCCGCCAAUGUCACUCCUUUCGAAUACGACUUCUUCUUCGACCCGGCGGGCCACCUCACCCCUGAGUCUAGCCAGUCUCCCACUACUCCCUCGAUGGUAUUCAGCCAGCCGCGGGACAGCUGCGACGGCCUGCAAAAUACGGUCGCCAGCAAGCCAUUCCCCGAUGAGCUCGACGCUCGGCCUCCGACCCUUCCGUACUUGGACUCUUCCCCGCGUGCCAGCAACUACGUCGACUUCAACCUAUACUCGCCCGAGCCGAGCUUCUUGGAUGACGAUGUUGCACUGCUCAAUGACAUUGGCACUACCACUACUAGGGACCAGAACACACUUGCUCAACGCCGCGGCUCGUCUCAAAGCGGCCAGUCGUCGAUUCGGCAACAAGUGCACCUUGGUCGUUCCCCAACGGCGUCAGACGACUAUUUGGCAGACGAUAGCAUAGUAGCGUCAUUCUGGGCUACACUGGGAGGAUCCAGCAUCGUAGAUCGCCGUCACCGUCGCCGUCCAUCAUCAGUGACAGCACGUUCUGGAGUAUCACAGCCGGGCGUUUCAAUGAGUGAGCCUACGUCUCAAUCGUGCCUCUCCGACGUCAUUUCUCGCACUGUGAGCUCACAGCAAUUGGCGGACGCCCUGCCAACCAGCUCGCCACAGCUACUACCACAGCCACAUGCUUCAUCACGCUCUGCCGACGGUCUUUCUGGACUAUCUGCUACUCCACUUGUCGGGGUAGGGGUACUGCAGGUAGUAGGCGGCCAAGCGCAAACUUCUGCAACCAGUGUUUCUUCACGCUCACAAGCCAUGAUUGAGGAGGCCCCGUACUCCAUGCACACCACGAGGGCAACUAAUGGCCCCAAUUAUCACGGAGCAUCCGACAGCAGAGUUUACAGCAACUCUUCGAAUGCCCAACUCCAGGUCACCAGGCUCAAUUCGUCAGAAAGUCGUCACAUCACCGCACAACACGUUCCCCAGUCCUCCACCGGCGUCUUUGGACUAAGCGGAGCACACUCCCUGAUGGCGGCGGUGGCGGGUGGCAGUCUGACAUCCAAGCGUCGCUCCCUUGUCGACUGGUUAUCCAUCUCGCAGUGUCUAACCUACAUAGCACUGCUUGCGACGGUGUUCAGCGCGAUCGCGGAAGUACUCCAGGCACAGGCGUUUGUCAGCCGACUCACUCAACUCGCUGUUGGCCUAGCGAUAUAUAAGGUCUACCACUCUUACUCAAGUCUCUAUGACUCGAGACCGGAACAGAGCCAUCUUAGUACCUCUACGCCAAAGCCGCAGGGCUUGAGCGACGGCGCGAGGCUUCUCUCCUGUGUCAGCACGAGACUACGACGUUCCUGUCGACAGAACCAAAACGCACGAUCCCCGAUCAAACGAGCGGGGAUAGCUUGGGUUCUGGGCCUCGCGCAAGAGUUCUCAUGA